AGCGAGACAAUGGUUUGGUGUGGGAGGUAGUAGUGAGUAGUGAUAGGUACUUAUACCUCACCUACCUAGGUAAAAACCUGGUGAUGUCCGGAUACUGGGAAUGGAAAGGAAAGAAAGCACAGUACUCAGUAGCGGCGAAGAGUGAGACCACGACGAUCAAUCCAUGCAUCGAUCCUUUCCCGAGUACAGUCCUGUAUCCAUUCAACCCAAACCAAACCCAAUCUCAAUACGUUCAGCGAACCAUAGGUGAUUUCCAGAUCGAACCUACUUUCCUUCGUUAACCUUAAUCAUAACUUACUUUGCUACCCUGCGCUGUAAGUUACUGCAUCGUGCCGAGUCAAGCUUGAUAUGCCCUCUGUCCAUCUGCCGCUGCCCUUCGACUUCAAAUCCACCUGCAGUGGUGCAACCCACCCCCAGAGCGAGCCACAGGGGCGCAGUCCAGCCAGGGCAGAACAACGGAACAGGUAACGAAGUAACUGUUAACACACCACACCACACCUCAUUGUGACACUCACACACCCGCCGCACUCACAGCACAUCCACCACAAGCAAAAUCCACCUGGCCAGGAAUGCAUACCUAGCAUGGCAUGGCAUGGCCUGGCAUCGCAUAUGCAGCCAGCUAGUAGCUACAGUAGCUACCCCUGACCCCUGACAACGGCGGAUAUGUAUCAUGGCCGCAUCCUGCAUCCUCGCUCGCAGUGGUGAUGUUUUGGGUUCUGUUCUGGGUUUCGUUUGUGGGCUGGCGAAAGUGGCCGGGCUUGCAUGCUGUACUGGGCUGGCCUGCGCCCUCCUCUCCCUUUCGUGCCCUCCAUCCAUCCAUCCGUCCUCACGCCAUUGGCAGCAUCCACCACUCGGUCUGGCGUCCUAGGACACGACGUGUGCACUUUUGCAUUAGGGUGGACUUGCGGCUCUGCUCUGCUCUGCUCUGCUCUGCUCUGCUCUGCGGAGGACUCACUUCCCGCGCUGGUGUUUCUGUCCUUCGGUAUGGGCUUGCACCUGGCACUUGCACUUGCACUUGCACACCGGGAAGGACGAGUGACGACGCCGCCGCCAUGGAUGAUGGGGUGGAGGGGAGGGGAGGGGAGCUCUAAAUUCCAUUCGACUGGAUGGAUGGAUGGAUGGAUAGACUGCCCUGAUCUACUGCAUCGUAUUGGAUCGAUCGGAAUGCAGCAAAAGAAAGGGCAGUUCGGAGUUUCUCAGUAGGGUAGAGAGUGGUGUAUUUUGUGGAGGAUGAGUCGGGAAAAUAGUGCAGGGGCUUGGACUGACUGACCGACUGACAUACUUACCUACCUACCCAAGUACUUCUCCCCCUUCGUCCCCAUCCGAUCAUUUGUCUACUUUUACCUGGACGUCCUCCUUCUGCUCCAUACUUUCCAGCUCUCCUGUUUUAUCCUACCAACAGAACACUGCGCCGCUCUGGAAAAAUCAUCGACUGAUUGACUUCGCCUCGUCUGUUUCUCUCGGUCCACCUGUUGACUUCUGGAAUUCCAGACCUAUUUCUGUAUAUGCGGAGAAGAUUGUGCUGUAAAAAAAACCCUGUUGUGUACAAGAUCAUUCGAUCCGGUGCUUCGGUACAAACAAAGAGGUUGUUUGUUCGAGUCGAGGAUUCCGUGCAUUAACCUCGAUAUUGGAACAAACACCCACCUUGACCUGGGGAUUGCUAUUUGUACCGCGUCCUGCCCGGACACAAUCCCAUAAUUCCCCGAGUCUAUUUUCCGCUCUGGAAAUUCACCUCAACUCCGAUUUUCACACAUCUUGUCACCUCCUCUGACAGCAAACUUUGGACGACCGAUUGAUUACCUAGGAGAUGACAUACAACAUGGCACUCCAUCAUCCCCAGUUCUUUGACAACACGAACUCAGAUGAUCAGUUUGGUGAAGAUCUUACUAGCAUGGACUGGAAUAUGAACAUCGACCCGUCCCUCGACAGCUUUUCUUUCCAACAAAAUCCUCAUUCACAACCUCCGAUCUGUUUCCAGGUACAACAACAAGUUCAGCAGCAACUUGCUCCAGAAAAACAACACCCUCAACAGAUUCAACAUCCUACAAUGCAGCGCUUUGUCAAUGAACCACAACGCCAGUUCUUUACUGCGCCAAAUAUACCCCAGGACAUUCUCAAUCUGCAGCAUGCUUCUAUGCCUACAUCUUCCCUUCCAAGAGCUUCUCACCAGAGAAUGGCUUCACCUUCAUUUUCACAUGAUCUCACUUCGAGUAGUGGUAGUGCGAACAGCCCACCUGCUGAACAGGACUUCUACCCUGAGAACGGGCACUACGCAAAUGGAACGGACAACCCGUAUUACAGACAGUCAUUCCCAGAUCCCCAAGGUGGACCGGCGAGCUACCAGGCUUAUGCUCUUCCGCAACAGCAGGGCUUCUCCUGUGUUAGCAUGGACCAAAUUCAGGGCUUCGUCGAUACAGAUGAUGGCUAUUUUGAACACGAGGAAGACUUAGGAGAGGUAGCUAUGAAGUGUGACUACGCAGUUGAGGUUCAUAACCACAGCCAAACCAACAUGAAUACCUCUACUUCAUCCCAAGGUUACUGCUACCCCUCAGACGAAGGAAUCGGCGACUCCAUCCAAGAUGAAGCCUCCCCAAAGAACACCAUCCACGUCGACGACACCCAGAUAUCCGACAUCGACGCCGAAGCAGACAUGUCCGACAUCGACGCAGAACCCGAACACAUCCCCUCGACUCCCGCCUCCGACACCGAAUACACACCCAAAUUAACACGAACCCGCAAACGCCGUCCAACAUCUCCCAACACCAAGACCCCACCCUCUCAAAGACGUCACCGGAUCUCCAAGACCCCCCAGAAGACAAAGGGCCAAAUCACAUGCAAAUCCUGCUCGCACGCGCCCUUCAAAGACACAACCUCUCUACAGCGCCACAUCGCAUCAGCACACACCCGCGCCUACGUCUGCGUAUUCGACUUCGCAGGCUGCAACUCCACGUUCGCGAGCAAGAACGAGUGGAAGCGUCACGUCAGUUCGCAGCAUUUGAACCUCACCGCUUGGGUCUGCGAGUUGGGAAGUUGUGGGAGUCAUUACUCGAAAGCGGGGAUCUCGAUGCCUAACUCCAAGUCGAGUAAUCACGGAAAUGGAAAUGGAAAUGGAAAUGGAGCAGGAACAAUCACCCGCGGCAGCGAAUUCAACCGCAAAGACCUCUUCACGCAGCACCUCCGUCGCAUGCACGUCCCCGUCGCCGUCAAGCGCAAGAAAGUCGGUACAGACGCCGCGUGGGAAGAACAUAUCAAGCAGCUCCAGCAGACGUGUCUGAAGACUAAACGCCAAGCGCCGAACAGGCUCGCGUGUCCUGUUUGUGGGACUGGCUUUGAGGGGAGUGGAUGCUGGGAUGAUAGGAUGGAGCAUGUGGGGAAGCAUUUGGAGGCGCAGGCGUUGGGGAAGUGUGUUGUUAGGCAGGGGGAUGAUGCCUUGUUGUUGGAGUGGGCGGUGAGGGAGGGGAUUGUGGAGAGCAGGGGGGAUGGGAGUGCGAGUGGGAGUGGGGGGUUUAAGCUUGUGCUUGGUGGUGGUGUGGGAGGUGGUGGGCCUGGGAGGAAGGCGACGGGUGAGGUGGUUAAGGAUGAAAGGAACGGAGAUGAGGAGGAGGGAGAUGCAGAUGCGGAUGCUGAUGCGGAGUGUGAGGAUGAAUGAAUAGGUGGUGAAGUUCAACCUUUACGAAAUCACGAAUCCACGAAACGGCGUUACGGCGAAUGGGAGCACAACAUGCUCUUCACGCAGGCACAUACACAUACGAUAAAGUCUCGGACAUUCAAAGUUCUUUCGGCUUCUCCUUGCUCUUCGGAAUCUGGCGCUAUCGGCUUGCAAAUGACACAGUACAUCGGGCGGGGGCGUUACUUUACUUUUCCUUCUCUUUUGCCUUUUUGCUUUCUCUUUCUCUUUCCCUUUCUCUUUCUCUCCUUGGGUUCGUCUUUACUUUGUAGUUUUCUUUUACACUUCCUUCCACGAUGGUUUUUACCGCAGCAACAACGAAUGAUACAAUUACGACUUUGAAGGCAUAGAAAUAUUUGAUGGAUGGGUUCGGACGGGGGCAGGUAAUUACAAUGCGAUGUUUUGCAAUGCGAUGCGUUGAGAUACCACUCUUCCUUUUUCUUUUCCUGUACUGCUUUUUCUUUGCUUGAUAUCAAUAUUGCGAAUUUGCGAGGAUCUAUCUGGAGUGGAUUACGCAGCGCAGGGCAGGGCAGCGCCGGGCAGGGCGGGGCGGUUUGCGUGAGAUGUAGCUACUAAUGGAGGGUAGCGAUGCUUUACUUUACUUUACUUUACUUUAACUGAAGUUAAGAUGGAUGGGUGGGUGCUAUUAAACUAUUAAACCAAAUGAAGAAUGUAAAAACACAUACGAUUCUUUUCUUUU